AAAAACUGUCAUGGCGGUGGUAAGUAAUUUCUUUCGAUUCGCGGUUAGGAUUUAGGUACUGGCAAUAUAUAUGAGGUUUUGAUGAAGACUUUAAAUAAUAUUUGAAUUACAUAUCAUUUUUGUGAAUCCUUGAUGAAAAAAAUAAUUGGAUUAAAUUCAAAAUCCCCCUCAGACAACAAUAUGAAUGAGUUUCUAGCUGUUCUAUGUUCUCUUCAUGCAGUCUGUCAUGCUGAUCCAUGCAAUGUCCAUCUAUGAUAUUAUGGAAUUUUCAGCUGUAGUUUUGAAUUCGCCGUAGUAAACGUUGUAACCCUUUCUAUGUAUGACUAUUAUGACUUAAAAUUCGUAAAAUGUGAACCAAGGGCUAUGUGAAAACUCAGAUUGUUUAGUGCAUGCAUCACCAGUCACAUUCAAUUCUGUCUAAUUCUGAUAUAUAGAUUGUCAUUUUGAUAUAUUAGAUACUAGAUAGUAAUCAUUAUUUCUUGUGUGUGAAUCCCGUUGGGAUCCGGGUUAGAAUAGGUCCUCAGUACCCCUUGCUUGAUGUAAGAGGCGACUAAAUGGGGUGUUCCUUCGGAUGAGACUGCAAAAACCGAAGUCCCGUGUCACAGCAGGUGUGGCAUGAUAAAGAUCCCUCCCUGCUCGAUGGCCAUAACGGCAUAAGCGUCGAGCAUAGGCCUAAAAUUUGCAGCCCUUCACCGGCAGUGGUGACGUCUCCAUAUGAGUGAAAUAUUCUUGAGAGGGACGUUAAACAAUAUAUUCAAUCAAUCAAUCUUGUGUGCGAAAAAUUUGAAUUCUACAAAGAUGAUAGAUUUUUUGGGGUGAGAUAUCGGCUUCUCUGCAAUAUUCAGUUUUACUUGAUAUUUUGACUGCCAUUAACACCUGACAUUUGUCACCAGUCAAAAUAUCAUAGCCAAGUUUAAUCUUGGUAUAACCUGUUGUGUGUAUACAGAGGGUGGGUGGGUCUGAAAGAUUGAAAAUUGUAUUGUUUAUUACGAUAGAUUUGUAAAAAUCAUUUUUUAAAGAGAGAACAGCAGACUAAGCAAAGCAUAGAAGGUUUAAAUAGUCUGAAGAAAAUUAUUGGUGUCAACUACAACACAACAUGGAACACUGAGAUAUUAUACAUUUAUUGCAUGAUAGUGAGGGAGAUAUGAAGAUUUAUUCACCCAAGAAAAAUCAUAUUCCCCGAGGGCAACACCCGAGGGGAAUAUGAUUUUUCUUGGGUGAAUAAAUCUUCAUAUCUCCCAAACAUUCAUGCAAUAAAUUGUUUAUUAUACUGAAACAAAGCAAGACUACAAAAGUAUGUUUGAAAUUGGAGUCCGCUCAUCUACAUUGUAUGUAGCUGGGAUCGUCCUAACGGUAACACCAUGCCGUCAACGUAUUACGGUAGAAGGUACAAACAACGAAAUACAGUGAUAUGAUAACCAAUUUUUGUAUUUCCAUUCUCCUUGAGUGCUGAUUUACUUGCUUGUUUUUGUAUCAACCAAAACCAAAACCAUGCGAUUCAACUGUGUAUCAGAGACCCGCAUAUUUUGUGCCUUACGAACUAUGAAAGUAGAAUGACUCGGACUUAUUGUGACGUCACAAUACACUUCGUCUACCUUGACGUUAAAUUUAUGGAAAAUGCACGAGGCUGCCCAAGGGGUAAAUAUGAUAGGGAGAUAUGAUGUCUGAGAGGGAGAUAUGAAGUUUUGUCCUCCCUGGCACGUGACCGUCUAGACCAAUCAGAUUACGCGUUGCAUGGCAUUCUCAUACUGAGGAAAAUACCAUCCAGAAAAAUUGACACAGGACAGAAAAAUGAUGACAUCAAUAACAACUUAACAUACUCAUGGAUGAAUGCAAUAUACCCAGGAUUUUAUCACAAUAUAUCGAGGAUUUGUUUCGUGUGUAGAUGUUUUGUUGAAUAAAGAAGAUGAAUCGCUACCAGAUUAUAAAACAGCUGGGAGAUGGAACGUAUGGGAGUGUACUGCUCGCCAACAGCGCGGAGAACGGGGAGAAAGUAGCCAUCAAAAAAAUGAAGAAAAAAUACUACUCAUGGGAUGAAUGUCUUAAUCUUAGAGAAGUAAAGUCUUUACGGAAACUAAACCAUGCCAAUAUUGUGAGGCUUAAAGAGGUGAUUCGAGAAAAUGACCAGCUUUUCUUUGUGUUUGAGUUUAUGAAAGAGAACUUGUACCAGAUGAUGAAAGACAGGGACAAGUUAUUUCCAGAGUCUGUUAUCAGAAAUGUCAUAUACCAGGUUUUUCAGGGUCUGGCUUUCAUGCAUAAGCAUGGUUUUUUUCACAGAGAUUUAAAACCAGAAAAUCUGCUGUGCACCGGCUCAGAUUGUGUCAAAAUUGCGGACUUUGGAUUAGCACGAGAAAUUAGGUCAAGGCCACCCUACACAGACUACGUCUCAACUCGAUGGUACCGAGCUCCCGAGGUUUUGUUACGCUCCACCAGUUAUAGCUCACCCAUUGAUAUAUGGGCAGUGGGCUGUAUCAUGGCAGAACUGUAUACUCUGAGACCGCUAUUUCCAGGAAGCUCAGAAAUUGAUGAAAUAUUUAAAAUAUGUUCUGUGCUAGGCACACCCAAAAAGGAAGAGUGGGAUGAAGGCUACAAAUUGGCAGCUGCAAUGAACUUCAGAUGGCCACAGUGUGUUGCUAACAACUUAAAGACUUUAAUUCCUAAUGGCAGUAACGAGUCGCUUCAUCUGAUGAAAGAUAUGUUAUUGUGGAACCCACAUAAAAGACCAACAGCUAGUCAGAGUUUACGAUAUCAGUACUUCCAAGUCGGACAGAAUCUGGGAACCACACAGGUCACUAAUCGUCCUCAAGUUACCAACAAAGUCCCGACCCCUGUGAACCCCAGUCCUGUCCACGGGUACCAGGAGGAGAAGUAUUCCUUUAGCCCCAGUAAACCAGUGGAGUCCAAACCUGUCAACUCACCCAUGCAGCCAUCGUAUGGAUUUUCUAAGACUGCUGACAAAAGUGAGCCCAUUGCAAUCUCUGUGAAGAAGAAGCAGCAACCCAGUGGUCGUAAAAGAUGGGGAGGAGGGCUCUCCGACACAUGGGAUGAUUGGGACGAUUUUGAUUAUGGCACCUCACAUAAGAAAAAUACCUCAAAAAAUAUCAUUCCUCCUAUCGCCAACAAGUCGAAAUUUGAACCCAAGAAGCAGAAUUUUUCAAAUAAAGAAAAUUUUGACGAUGAUGACGACUUUUUGUCGAGUAUUCUGAAGAAACCUAGUAAACCUGCGAACAGAAUUCCUUCAGGACGGUCGUCAGCCUCCUCAGCUAAACAGCACUACAUGGGAAAAGCUAGAUACUUGCCAGGUAUAAACCCACGAAACAGUGCCAAGAAAGACAGCCCCAACAGUAUGUGGAACUCUCCAUUAGGAAAACCCUCUCUGGGGGCAUUGCCCAGUGUAGGAGCUAAAAAUAACAAUCUAGGUGCGGGGCCUAGUAGUUACAAUACCAGAAACAAUGCUGAUAAUGCUGGCUAUGUUCCUUCAUUUUUGUCCAAUACCAAAGGUGGCUCAAAUUACCCGCCUGUAAACUGGAAGAGAGCACAGCCAGCUCCCUUAUCAAUAAAUAACAAAAACUCGGCAGGUUAUCGGCAGCCAGUAGGCACCACCACACAUGGGCAUGGACGCACGGACUGGACAGCAAAAUAUUUGAAAUCAUGACUUACUCUAACAGAGAAUUAGAGACUGGCGACUGUGCCACUCACAGACACACAAUGUGCUGACUCAUCUCACCAUUCCCAUUCUGUGAUAUAAAUUUGUUAUUGUGAUGGUUCAAUCAUGACAAGUCCAAUUGUUUAUUACUGCAUGUGUAUUGCUCCAUUUUUGUACAUAGAGUAUGUAUUGCUUGUAUUUCCAUGUAUCGUAGUGAAUGAGAGCUGAAUUACUAGAUACGCAUAAGUUAUAUUCUAAUGAGACAAGUUUAAAUUUCAUGCAAUGUUAAGGAAUGUGUUAGUCGUACAUGAUGCACAUACAUGUAUGAUGGUGCUGUAUGCUGUUCCUCUCCAUUUUUCACGAUUAUUACGAGUGCGUAAUGAUCGGAGGUUUAUUUAACAUACGUUAUGAUUCCGUCCUUGUUUAUUUUACGUGUUUAUGUUACGAUUUUCUAGGAGUGUAAUAUACAGAGAACACAGAUUUGACUAUUUACUGAUAUUUUAUUUGGAAACACGUGAGUUGUGGGGAAAUUUGGCUUUACCUCGAAUUUCAUAGUAAUGUUGAUGUUUUUACAUAUAGCUUUUAAUGAUAUGUUACUUUGAGUGCACAGCUGUUAAAUGGCAGGUUGUUUAGUCUCAGCUUGUAAAUUUUCAGAAAAGACUGCCACUUUCAUAUUCUAUAGCAGAAGCUAGGUAGCUUCUUGUGAUACAAUACUUUGAAUUUUCAGGUCAGAUUUCAAUCACCUGGCAUCAAAAUAUGUACACUCUACAGGUUCGUGACACCCGUAUUCCUUACUAUGUGCAGAACUAAUGGCCGACCUUUAGCAUUGUAUUGUAUAAACCUUGGACUAAAAUUGAUCGAUGGGAGAAAAUAAAAUCUUUCGUUCUCUGAUAUGUCAGUGAGGGGUUUAGUUUAAAUGGACAUUCUCAAACAAAAUUCCUUGUAUCAUGACUUCAAUAUUGACAUAUCCGGCUUUUCAUUAUGAGUGAAUGUUGAAUUAUUUCGAUUGCAACAUCUGGUUUAUGUGUAGUCACCAUAGGAGUUAUGUUAAUAUUUUCAUCAAGUUGAAGUUCUGAUCAUGUGUUCUUGGAAGCCAAAAAACCUCUGACUAAAAGUAUAACGAACUAGUUUCCUAUGGGAUCAGGGUGUUGCUUUUGGAGUAGUUGAGUAGAUUCUUAGGUAAAAUGGCGACAUUUAAAAACAACAACAACACAUUUCUUGUUUGAUUAGUGUUUUAUUUCAUAGGUUCUGUAUCCAAAUUCCAGGAAAAGUUCAAUCCAAUUCAGUAUAGUGGUAGAUCUGUAUGCAUACAAAGGCACCUGUCGUUAGAACAGUUACAUGCAAUAUGCUUGUAAUCAUUGCAUGUACAUGUAAUGAAGUUUUAUAGACAACAGUAAUACUAUAUUUGACAAAGUACUGAGAAGGUACUAGUGUUUUUAAACUCAUCAUGGUUGUAAUAAUCAACAAAGUUUUUAUUGAAGAAAAAAAUGAAUUAAACUUGUUUCAAUUUUGA